AUGAGUUUCCUACUAGACUCUUGCGCCCUAUUUUUUUCUCAGAUAGCCUUCUUUAUAGGAGGAUGGGUUUUCUUUCUUCGACAGCUUUUUCGUGACUAUGAAGUCAAGGACUCCAUAGUAGUACUAAUCUUUUCACUCACUUUUUCCUUGUCUUGUACAGUUUUCGAAUUAGUAAUUUUUGAAAUACUAGAUAUUUUGGAAGCCUCUUCCAGGCGCAUACAUUGGCAGUUUAUUCUUUUAACAACACUCUUAGAUGUCAUAAUAAUCAUCCCAUUUUACAUAUCGUUUUAUAUCAGUAAGAGUUUACGAGUUAUCCCUCCUAAAAAUUCAAUUAGACUUUGUUUCUCCUUUGCACUUAUGACUGCAUAUUUAUAUGCCUUUUGGAAAGUGGGGACAUCUUUCCCUAUUUUGAGUGGAAAACAUGGCAUUGUAUUCUUGGAGCAAUGUAUUGGUCGAAUAGGAGUAGUUGGAGUAACUAUAAUGGCUUUUUUAUCCGGUUUUGGUGCUGUCAAUUAUCCGUAUUCAUGUAUGACUUACUUCGCCUUGUCCGUUUCAAACUCAGAAAUACGCACAGCUGAGAGAAGAUUGUUACAAACUGUAGAUAUGAUUUUGGUGAAGCGUCGAAGACUAGCUCAGUUUCAAUUUGAGGCAAGAAUGAAAGUUAGUCCAUCGUGUGUUUUUAAUUUCUGUUUUGAGAUUGUCUGUUUUUUUCCUAUUAUGCAUGUUACGCCGUAGACAUAUUUUUUUAACUCAAUGUGCCGCUUUAUUCUAUUAACUUCAACACCACAGAUCAGACUGCUGCGUUUUGUUAGUCUACAACAAAGCAGGUAUACCACCUUCUUUAUAACUCAGUUAUAUUUGUGAAAGAGCCGAGAUACUACUUGUGCGCCCAAACGGAGACAGCUGGUUUUUUCUGGAGGCCAACACUUGGGCAUUCGACCUUUAUUUCAUUGAGUGUUAUUUUUUGCAGAACUUAGUCGUUAUAUAGCUUCCAGGUUUUACCGCAAAAUGUUUUUAUGUGAAUUUCAGCGUACUACCAACGAAAAAUCUAACACCUUUUGGAAUAUGUUACGGACAGUUGGAAUGUCCAUUUCAUCACCUCGUAUUGACGAAAAAUUAUUGAAACAUGAGAUAUCUGUUCUUGAGGACUUAAGCCGUCAAUUAUUUCUGGAACUGCACUACCUCCGAACUGCCCAAGAACGUAUUGAAUUUUCAAAAACAUGGAAAGGGAAAUAUUUCAAUUGUCUUGGCUACUUUUUCUGUGGUUAUUGCUGUUGGAAAAUAUUUAUAUCCAUUGUAAAUAUUUUAUUGAAUCGAUUCGGUGGACAAGAUCCUAUAACACGCUUUAUGGGUAUAACUAUACAUUAUCUAGGCUUUCAAAUCGAUGUAAAAUUUUGGUCACAACAAAUAUCUUUUUGGCUCGUCGGUAUAAUUGUUGUAACGUCAAUUCGUGGACUCUUGAUAACUUUAACAAAAUUCUUUCAUGCUAUAGCCAGCACAAAAUCAUCGAAUAUAAUUGUUUUAAUCAUAGCACAAAUAAUGGGUACUUAUUUUGUUUCUUCUGUAUUGCUUUUACGCAUGAAUAUGACUGCAGAGUAUAGGAAUAUGUUAAAUCAAGUACUUGGUGACUUACAGUUUCAUUUCUAUCAUCGUUGGUUUGACGUAAUCUUUCUUAUCAGUGCUAUGUGUAGUAUUGCGUUUUUAUACUUAGCACAUAAACGAGUUGCUGAAAUAAAAGAUGACUAUAUUUCUUGACUUCAUAUUGUUUGUACAUAUCGUUCAAGACAGCCUAAAUAUUUUCUUAUGCUACCACUAACUUGCAUUCCACAGGUAAUAGGUGUUAUGGUAAUAUGAAAUUAUAUAGACUGGUACGUUAUUUCUGUCUCUUCCCAUUCAUCUUGUUAUUUCCAUCUCGUGCCUAUGAGGUUUAGCAACUUGGGCCAAUGCACAUCUAUGCGAGGCUCUACAUUGUUGAUGACUGAGUUCAUGCACUUCAUCCCUUCCAUAAAUUUAAAUGAAGUUUUCGGGAUCCUUUCUUUUAAUACAUAUUGGAAAAACUAAUGAGUAGUAAUGACACGCUUAAUAGUUAGUAAGAAAAUAUCUCUUAGAACAACCAAUUUUUUAAAUCUAUCUAGGUAACAGUAUAAGUUCAUGUACUCAGUUUCAAGUCCUUGUGAUCACUCCGUCCACAAAUGACUGACAGUUUGUGUGUGAAGGUCAGUAUUUCUAAUUAACUUACUUAGUCGAAAUAAGUAGGGUGGGGUAAGAAGAUAUGAUGUCGAAUACAACAUUUCAAAAUAGUUUAGUACAAUAUUCGGCUGUGAAGUAGUAUUGUUUAAUACACCACCCACGUUUUGGCACUGCUAGGAUGGUGUCAAGUCGAUUUAAUUCGCAGAUCAUAGCUACCAUUCCCAGUGAUUUUGUUUUCAGACCCCAGAAUUCCGAUCUAGUCAUUUAUCCUGGUUGUGUGGUUGAUUUUGAGGAUAACUAAUGUUGCAGCCUUAAUACUAUUCCUGUCGUUCAACAAGAAUAAUCCUUCUACGUUAUUUUCAGUUGGAGAGUAUCAUUCACUGAUACACCAACUGAACUUGGUCCUGACAACCAUUUCCUUCCUCGAUUUGUAGCUUCUCUUUCACCCCGAUUACCAAGCCUUUCAAUGCUGCG